AUGCGAGUUGGGUGUGAUUUGUGUUCUCAUCCCAUGGACGACAGUGAUAACAGAGUAUCCUCAUCCAAAAGGACGAUGAUGAGAGAUCAUGAUGGAUCAGUCCCUUCAUCAUCUAUACGAGAAGUCGUGUUCAACGACGACCUUCUGAUCGAAAUCUUACUCCAAUUGCCUGUUAUCUCCCGCUUUUUCUUCAAAUCCGUAUCCAAACGCUGGUUAUCUCUCAUCACCUCCCCUGCAUUCUUCAAUCUACGCCUCACCCGCUUUCCAUAUAUCCAUCCCCCAUCUGGUCUCUUUCUGCAGCAAAUAAAUUCUGAACAUAACCACUUUCAACACGAUUUCAUCUCGUUGGAUAGCAGAAUCCCUGCGGGCAAGAAAAAAUCAUCAGCAUUCACUUUUGGGUGUUUUGGCAUGGAUGCCAGUAAUGUGGAAGUUUUGCAGUCCUGCAAUGGUUUGGUUUUGUGUGUUAUCAGGAAUGAUCCCGGCAAGAUUUGUGUAUACAAUCCGUCUAUAAAUAUGUUUAAGAUGCUCCCACAAGUACAUGGUUUGAAAAUCUCUAGAUUCAUGGACAAUAUGAGAUUGGGUUUUGAUCCUGCAAAAUCACCUCACUACAAAGUACUGCAUAUUCGAGAGAUACCCAAAGAAAGUUCUAUUUUAACAUGGAUUUACUUUUCAGAAAGAGGUUGUUGGAUAAUUGGUAAUUCAUUGCCUCUGCAAUGGUAUUGCGGGCUGUUUCACAGGGGAGUAUAUUGGGAUGAUGCAAUUCACUGGCUAGAUUUUAAGAAUCAAGUUAGGCAUUUCAAGUUAGAUGUAGAGCAUCCACACGAUACAACCACAGAACCCCCAAAAACGUUGGAUAGGUACAGCUAUAAAGAGUUGUUUGAGUCUUGUGGUUGUUUGUUAUUUGCUUGUGCGGGUGAUCCUCUUAACAAACACUUGAAUAUUUAUGAGAUGGGGAAUGGGUAUUCUGGGUGGUCAUUGAAAUACAUUGUUAAAUAUGAAGACAGUAUAUCGACAUUCUUUGAAACCUGGAAGAAGUCUACUGUAAAGUUUCGUUUCGAUGUCCUGUCAAUAGUGCUGGGCGAAAGGGAAGACGAAUCGUUCAUUGUGAUGAAGCCAUGUGGGAAGGUUGUAAAGUACAAUCUUUUGUUGAAGACUCUCCACAUCCUCUGCAAUAUGGAUACACAUUUGACUAAAUUCCACACCUUUCCAUUCAUUGCAUCUUUUGCAGGUGUGUAA